AUGGAAUUUUCUGAUGAGAUUUCUAUACUGAAGAAGAUCAUCUAUAAACUGGAGCAGGAGAACUCUGAGCUGAAGAAAGGAUACCUAGAGGUGAUGCAAGGAGAAGGUCAGUAUCACAAUGACUUCACAGAGUUAUGAGUCUCAGGUUAUUACUAAGUCUAAUAAGUCACAUCUCCUCUUGUGCCUGUCCUCCAAUUUGUCUUUCUCAGGCUGGGUUGAGGUACCAGCUUUGGGUCACCCCAUUCAUCCUGGAAUGCUGUAUGUCUGUCGCUCCGAGUCCUUCAGACCAGGUAUUUGCAGAAUCUGCAGAACAAUAUCUUGCACUGCGUUUCCUGACAUCAAAGGCAUUUUCACAUUAGACUAUCAAAUAUCAACCCAUAUUGAAUCUACCCUGUGUGACCAUUAUCUGACUGUCUUUCAGGGAUUUUAUAAUAAAGAAAUGUCUGACUUGAUCUCUUCUCCUCAGAAUCCUUGUGGGCCUCAGACUCUGUAGUGUAUGGGAAAAUAUCACUGCCGAUUCCAACCACUGAGACCCAGGUAACAGAGACAGACUCUCUGCAGGAGAGGUUCAUAGCUCUGACACUGGAUCAGCCAGUAUCUAAACCAUUCACUCCUGUAUGAUGUGAAUCCUUGCAGCUAUUUGACUCUGCACUAUAAGAGAACCACGAGACUGGAUCUGCAGACUCCCUCCCUUUUAGAGAAGCAGAUUCAUCCUGAAGUGAUUCAGCAGCAAACAGCCACACAUGCAGUCAUUGCCGUGACAUACGGAGCUCAGGCCUUCCUUGUCCUUAAGGGUUUCUCAUCUCGGAAGAGAAGGGAAUUAGUGAAAAUGCUGAAGAACAUGAUUCCAACUUGUUCAGCAGAGGACGGAGCUCCAGAGCUACUGGUACCUGAACAUCCCAAAAACUAUUUCCCUGGUCUCUACUGCGCUUACUAUGGAGAUCUUGAGGCAGAGAAAGUGGUCAGGGGUUACAGACAGAUAGUAGACCUUUGGAAGUCCCUCCCUGAGCAGCUGGUGCCCAGUGGAGAGAAGGCUGGUCCUCUGAAAGUUUAGCUCUGCCCUCUGAAGAACCAACACCCUAAAGCAGCCUGCGUUAGGAAAAUGAUCCAGACACAGGCAUUGUGGUGUGUUUUACUCUCACAUCUCUGGGUGAAACAGACCUGUGUCUCUCGUCCCUGACACAGUAUCUUCAAUCGCUACAGAAACAAACACAGACCAGGCCCACGCACCUCUACCAGAACACUCAACUACCGUGGUUCAAGUCUGAGGAGAACAAGAACAGAGUAGGAAAAUUAUCACAAUCAUUCAGGUCUUAA